AUGGCUCGCCCUCGCGCUCUCUCCGGGGCUGAUAUGGCCAAGGAGCCCCAUUCAGUUUCAUUAAAAGUUCUACGACUGUCACGACCAUCCCUAUCCUUCCAAUAUCCACUUCCAAGUGAAAACGAAAAUAUCCCCGUCAAAGCCUCGCUCAGUUUCCCAUCCGAUAGUUCAGACAAUCAAUUCAUCCUCAGCCCAAAUGUCACCCUCCCUCCAGCAUUCGGCUCUGCCUACGUCGGCGAAACGUUCUCCUGCUCAUUAUGUGCAAAUAGUGAGCUUCUUCCCGACUCCGAAAACCGGAUCGUCAGCUCCGUUCGCAUCAUUGCAGAAAUGCAAACACCCUCUCAGAACGUCGUGUUGGAGCUCUUCCCUUCCGGAGAAGAUUCGAAUUCUGGCGGGUUAACAAAAUCACAAUCGUUGCAGAAGAUAGUCCGGUUUGAUUUGAAGGAGGAAGGAAACCAUGUUCUUGCUGUCAGUGUCAGUUAUACGGAAACGAUCAUGGCGCAGGCUAGGGAAAUGCCAAGUAGUGGCGACACACAGGCAGCAAGUUGGCGAGUACGGACGUUCCGGAAACUCUACCAAUUCAUUGCCCAGCCAUGUUUGAAUGUGCGGACAAAGGUGACGGAACUGGCCCCUCUCGAAGCGGAUAAUAGGGCUUUUGAUCCUUAUGGAAAGACACGGUUGCUGAGAUACGUGCUUGAGGCCCAGCUGGAGAACAUUGGAGACGGUGCGAUAUCUCUUGGAUCCACCACACUCAAUCCAAAACCACCCUUCCAGUCAAGGUCGCUGAACUGGGACUUGGAACAGCCCAAUUCCUUGGAAAUGCGUCCACUCACCCUAAGCCCCCGCGAUGUUCUCCAGGUUGCUUUUCUUGUAGAACGGGAGCCAGGACAACAAGAAGGCCUUGAAGGCUUGCAGAAGGAUAUGAGUCGGGAUGGGCGGACAACCCUUGGACAGCUAUCUAUUGAAUGGCGAGGUAGUAUGGGGGAUAGAGGAUUUUUAACCACCGGAAAUUUAAUGACGAAGAGACGGUGA